ACUACACCCCAAUUUAUAGUUUAUAUUUAUAAAAAUUUGAACUGUACAUAACAAUAAGGAGUGGGAUUUAAAUAAAUUAGUCAUGAGCCUCUUUGUGUACCUGUCAGUAUGAUCAGAUUCACUUAUAUGAAUCAGUUUCCCCUUGCUAGACAUGGAAGAGCAGAGUUAAAGAGAGCAUGUUUUUAUUACCUUUGUUCACUCAGCUGCAGAAUUUUGGACACAUUGCUACUGUUGGCAAUUAUUGAUUUUUACUGUGAAAGCAAUACACUAAACUAAAAAAACAGCUGUCAAGUUAAUGAAAAUUGGAGUGAGUUUAGUCAGUAACUCUCCAAAACUGGUCCACAGACUCGCGUAUAACACAAAGCAGUCUGCUUUUGGUAAUGUCAUCCCUCCUGUCUAACAAGGUGACAGAUGUAGGUGGAUGGGUUAAGUGUAGAGAGCAGGUAAGAGCAGGAAAGGAUCUGGAAAGAAGGAGUCACACAAGUAAGUUUUAUGUUAAAUGUAUUUGUUUCUUUUUUAUGUCAGUUUACCAUAUGUGGACCGGUCAUUUGGAGUUUGAUGUCUUAAUUUAUUUUACCACAGCAUUUUAUGUCUAUUCCGUCUUUUUUUGUCUCGUCUUUCCACACAUUCACAUUCACAACAACACUAAAACUAACCAUCGCUGCUUCAACACACGAUUAUACCCGCCCACUUCUCUAACCACCCAAUCAGAGUCCAUACCCCCUCCCCAGGAAGUCACAUGCAUAAGCCCCUCCUCCACAAGUCUAUUGCUCAGCUGGGCUCCACCCCUCACAGAUGUAAAUGCAAGCAUAACUGGAUACUCCAUCCGAUAUGUGGCAGUGGAGAAAGACCUUGUACAAAUGAUCUCGGACAUCCCGUCUAACUGUUUCCGGUACCGGAUAGAGGGGCUGAAGAAAGGGACCCUGUACUCCAUGACAGUUGCUGCCUUUACUGACACAGGUCAAGGGCUUGAGAUAUUGAUCCGCACAAAGGAAGAUGGUAUGUCUAUAUGACAGUGCCUUAAUUUUACCCCCUGGCCUACCAAAGACACAUUUGUCCUCCCAACAUUUGCCUUAUCCUGAAACAACUGAAUGCAGUAUUCCUGACUUCCCAAGAUGCUCUUUGGAUUUCCUGCUUUAAGGAUUUUUCCAUCUGCAUAAAUAAUUGCUUUUUUGCACCCUGCUCAGAUCCCUUUUCAUGCCACAAGCUCUUUCCAAUGAAUUGAACCCUGACACCAAAAGCUCUUUUCCUCUUCUGUCCUUCUCCUGUGAGCUGGAAGGAAAGCUCAGCUGUGACUGCAUGUCCUUUACUAAAAUGCCCUUUAGUGCCCAGUGCACCACCACGGGGUGUGGAUGUGGGGGUCUUAAACGCCACCUCUGCCAGAGUCUCAUGGAAACCUCCAGUUGCUGAGCGACAGCAUGGAAGGAACUCCUACUGAGAGACCCGCAGCCACAGAACGAGUCGAAACAAUAUUGCCAGGUUUGCCCCUGCUUACAGUCGCUCCAUCAGAGGAUGGUUCUGCGCUGCUAAAUUGUCAGCCUCCUCCUGCUGGUCUAUCCCCUGUGCUGGGUUACAGGCUCUCAUAUGGCCAGGACGACCCGACCUCAGACUCCUUCAUGGUGCAGGAGCUAAACGCUGAGAAACACAGUGACACCGUCUCAUCUCUGAGCGCAGGGGUGCUGUACGUGCUCCGACUUGCGGCCCGUACUAUAUGGGGUUACGGUUCAAGCACUCAGGUCACACUUCUAACACCAAACGUGGUGCCUACAGCUACAGAUGACAUGGUAACAGCCCCGGGGACAACAGAUGCUCAGAAUGUGAGCGCACAGGAACCCAUUCCACUUUUGGCCAACUUGACAGCUGAAGGCAUCAACUCCUCGUCUGUGAUCCUGAGAUGGGAGCCACCAAAAAGCUCUGAGCGUAUCCAAGUUUACCGCGUGUGGUGGGCUGUCUCUUAUGGUAACGGCACAGACAUUACCAUGGAAUCGGACGUUUCGGAGGCCACAGUGGUUCUAAAUGGCCUAAGUCCAAAUACUGAGUAUGUGGCGAGAGUGUGUUUGCUUAGCAAAAACGGCCCUGGGCCCUAUAGUCUCCCCUUAUCCAUCAAAACACAACCAGCACGGGACGGUAGGACUCACGUACUGUAUAUCCUCACACACAAACAUUUACAUUCAGGCAACCCUUACUAAACAGAAUCACUACAUUUUCAUUAUUCUGUUUCUGUCUGGUCUUUGUGGGUCUGAGUCUCAUAUUUGGCGAUGUCCAUUAAGUGCAGAGAAAAGGUGAGAAUCUUUCUGUAGAUGGAUCUAGGUGAAUAUGGAUUGCUCCAUUAUCUGGUAAGACUGCUGUGGUAAAGGUGAUGAAUUCUUGUCAGCACUAUGAGAAGAAAAAGUGACUAGCUUUUUUCUCCUGUAAACCUGAUGAAGUGGGAAAUGUUUUUAGUAGAAACAGCUGGAAAUAUUCUCUGAUGUUCUUCAUGAAUGCUUUAGCGAUGUUGGAGGCCAGAGGUUCUGCUCGGGUGAGCUGAAGUAUUGAUGUCUUGAUCUGUUGUUUUUCUCUCUGUCUU